AUGGCCUCAUUACUUUUUCCUUCUCCACCAGCCCUGCCUUCACAGAAUCCUACUCAUACACCAAAGAAGCUCUCCAAAAAGAAGAGGAAAAUGCCAGCCAGACUCCUGCCAGCCUGGAGCACGGAACCAGUGAAAUUCAGGGAUGUAGCCAUGUACUUUACCCAGAAGGAGUGGCAGCUACUGGAGCCUACUCAGAAGAACCUGUACAAGGAUGUAAUGCUGGAGAACUAUAGGAACCUGGCUUCCCUGGGGCAUCAGUUUUCCAAGCCAAAGCUGAUCCUCAGGUUGGAGCAAGGAGAUGAGCCUUGUGUCAAGGAGAGAGCCACCUAUGAAGGCCCCCAGCGAGUUGAUGAGGGAAUCAAUGGGUACAACAUCUCCAUGGACAAGAAGACGAGGCACAACCUGAAGACAAAACUUCUGAAACCAGGUCGUUCUGAGACACAAUGGCAGGGAAAGGUGAAGAAAAUUGCCCAGAGGGGUGGCCCCCAGGGCACUAGGGCAGAAAGAGCUGUGGAAAGUGAGGACAGACCAGUUCGUGGCAAGUGGAAAUCUGGCCCAAAUUUGGCUGCAGGAUCAUGCAAAAAAAUCCUCCCUGGCAAGAAAGAGCAUGAAUCUGUGGCCUUGAGGAGACUUUUGAGUCAAACAUCAAUGACAGCAACACCAAAGAGCACCCCUCAAGGAAAGAAGACUCUGAAGAAAGACAUUCAUGGAAAAACACAGGAUGCUGUGAGCUUCACAAAGUGUAGGAGCAUCCGAAAGGGGAAGAAUCACUUUAAAUGUAAGGAAUGUGGGAAAACCUUCAACCAGACCCUUCACCUUGUGGAACAUGAGCGAAUUCACACAGGAGAGAAACCCCACAAGUGUGAUAUGUGUGGGAAGUCCUUCAGGCACAGCUCAUACUUCUUUACACACUAUCGAAUUCACACGGGGGAGAGACCCUAUAAGUGUAAGGAGUGUGGGAAAGCCUUCAACAGCAGCUCCACCCUCAGCAGUCACCACAGGAUCCACACAGGGGAGACACCCUUCAAAUGUGAUGAGUGUGGGAAAACCUUCAAGCAGAGCACGAAGCUCACUCGCCACCGCAGGGUGCACACAGGGGAGAAGCCCUACAAGUGCGACAAGUGUGAGAAAUGCUUCAGUCGCAGCUCAUCCCUGACAGAGCACAAGAGGAUUCACACUGGAGAGAAGCCAUAUCACUGUCAGGUGUGUGGGAAAACCUUCAGGGUCAACUCACAUCUUUCAGAACAUCAGCGCCUCCAUCAAGAGGAAAAGUCUUAUCAGUGUGAAGAGUGCGGGAGGCACUUCCGAAAUGGCUCCCACCUGUCAGAACACAAGCAGAUUCAUGUGCCAGGAGCCCGAGAGGACUGCCCAGAAUGUGGGAAAGCCUUCCCCAGUAAGGCGGCUCUCCUCAAGCAUCAGAAAAGCCAUGGGGAGGAUUCUAUGUAUCAAUGUCAGGGAUGUGGAAAGGCCUUCCGGUGUAAGUCAAGCAUUCAAAGGCAUCGUAGGCUGCAUGCUGGGGAGAAGCCUUUUGUGUGCACUGAGUGUGGGAAAGCUUUCACUGACAGAACUACCCUGAAUAAUCACCACAAAAUUCACAUUGGAGAAAGGCCAGAUCCAUGCAUCCAGUGUGGGAGAGCCUUUAGACACCUGGCUUCCCUAAUGCUCCACCAGAAAAUACAUGCUAGAAAGGGACAGUAUGCUCCUGGUGUGUGA